AUGGUUGAUGAAGCUCGAGAUGAAUCUAAAAAGGAGCAAAUGUCAAUUGUCUUGAGAUUUGUUGACAAAGAUGGCUAUGUGCAAGAGCGCUUCUUUGGAGUUGUUCAUGUUAAAGACACCAUAGCAUCAACAUUGAAAGAAUGUAUCUUUUCUGUCCUAUCUCGUCAUACUCUUGAUGUUCAAAAUAUUCGAGGGCAAGGUUAUGAUGGUGCAAGCAACAUGCGUGGUGAAUGGAAUGGAUUGCAAGCUUUAAUUUUAGGUGAAUGUCCUUAUGCUUACUAUGUUCAUUGUUUUGCACAUCGUUUGCAAUUGGCACUAGUUGCUGCGUCGAAGGAAGUUAUCCCAGUCCAUCAUUUUUUUACCAAGUUAAGCUCUAUUAUCAAUGUUGUUAGUGCCUCAUCUAAGCGUAAUGAUCAAUUAAAAGCCACUCAUGCCUCAAAUAUUGCUCAUUUACUUAAUAUUAAUGAGCUUGAAAGUGGGAAAGGACUUAAUCAAAUUGGUUCUUUACAAAGGGCACGUGAUACUCGUUGGAGUUCUCAUUUGAAAUCUAUAUCUAGUUUGAUAAAGAUGUUUAGUGCAACAUGUGAAGUUUUAUUGAAUAUCAUUGAUGAUGGAACUACACCCGCUCAACAUGGAGAUGCUGACGCAGCUUAUGAGGUGCUAACUUCUUUUGAAUUUGUUUUUAUUUUGCAUCUAAUGAGGAAGAUUUUGGAGAUUUCUAAUUUGCUCUGUCAAGCUUUGCAACUUCAGUCUCAAGAUAUUUUGAAUGCAAUGCAUCUUGUUUCAUCUACUAAGUUGCUCAUUCAAAAAUUGAGAGAUGAUGGAUGGGAUGAAUUGGUUGCGGAUGUGAAAUCUUUCUGUCAAGCACUUAGUAUACCUAUACCGGAUUUCAAUGCUCAAUAUAUUGCAAGAAGAGGAAGGGCUCGCCAUCAACAAGAUGAAAUUACAGUAGAUCAUCAUUACAGAGUUGAUAUUUUUAAUGUAGUGAUAGAUUCUCAAUUGCAAGAAUUGAACAGCAAAUUUAAUGACAACACAGUGGAGUUGAUUAUUCUUAGCUCGGCAUUAGAUCCAAGGGAGAUGCGCAUUUCAUUCAGAAUUGAUGAUAUUUGCAGAUUGGUACAAAAGUUUUACCCCAAAGAUUUUGCAGAAUAUGAGAUGCUACAAUUAAGAAAUCAAUUUGAGCAUUUUGAUCAUGUGCGACAACUUCCUGAUUUUAGAACAUUGACAACUAUUUCUGAUUUAUGCCAAUGGUUGGUGAAAACUAGAAAGUUAGAAAUCUAUCCACUGGUGUUUAGAGUCUUAACACUUAUUCUCACACUUCCAGUUUCUACGGCUACCACAGAGCGAUCUUUUUCUGCUAUGAAUAUAGUCAAGACUAGGCUUCGUAAUAAGAUGGAAGAUGAAUUUCUUAAUGAUUGUUUGCUUGUGUAUAUUGAGAAGCAAAUUGCUAAAAAGUUUAGUAUAGAUUCACUUGUAGAUGAUUUUCGUGAUAUGCAAGAGAGACGUUCUAAAUUUUAA